CUUAAAUCAGUUAAGUGUUUAAAUGGGAUUUAUCAGCAUUUUGCUUUUCGCUGCGUGUAUAAGCAGCGUGAAGGGGAACUACCAAUAUGUCCUGGCACCGAAUGUGAUCCGUCUUGAAAACGAGGAGACCCUGCUUGUUGGCAUUUUUGGGGAUGAAAAGAAUCAGAUCGUAACGGUAUACUUUGAAUAUCUGAAGAAGCAUAUCUCCAAAAAUAUGACAACGAUAAAAGAUGCAGAUCAUCCUGUCGAGGUUACUAUAAAGGUCACUGGAGAUGACCUGUUUAAAGACAUCGACGCCAGUCCAAAGCUCAAAGAAAGACCGAAAACAAUUAAAUUGGUCUGCGAAGGACCAUACGGGAAGCAGGUCCGAGAUAUCGCCCUAAGUUAUACACCAGGUUACCUGAUCGUACAGACGGACAAACCUUUGUACAAUCCCGAGGAGAAAGUAAAUGUUCGAGUUUUGGCGAUGGACGAAUCGAUGAAACCAAUCAAGGACAAACAGCUGGCUAUUGACCUGAUAAGUCCCACAAAUAUGACUGUAGGCAGAAUAAGCUUUGACCCUGGGAGCAAUAAAAAUGGCUUCUACAAGGGACAGUUUGAGAUUCCGCCGUUUCCGGAUAUUGGAACAUGGACUAUCAAGGCUAAACUUGGAGGAAAGUUGGAUACGUAUGCCAUUGCUCCUAUUGAUGUACGCGAAUUUGUUCUCCCUACCUUCGGAGUAGAGAUUUCAACUGGACGAGAAUACAUAUUGCCGAACCAUACUAAAAUAGAUGUGACAGUAUCAGCCAAAUACGUCUACGGCAAGCCGGUUGAUGGAAGUGCAGGACUCGAGAUUAACAUCCGGAAGAAGGGAGAUGUGUCGGACCCGAAACGCGUUUUAACUAUCGGGAGAAAACCGCUAAAUGGUAGCGCAGACUUUGAGGUCCCUAUAGCGAAGCUUUUGCAAAGUUUUGGGGGACAGUUUCCCGCAGACGCCGUGUUAGAGUUGUCAUCAACUGUUUAUGAGUCGGCAACAGGAAAAGAAGAGUCGGGAGCCGAUGAUUCCGUCAUGUUUGUAAAUUGUCCCUUCAAGUUUGACUUGUCGCGUUCAAAGACUACUUACCGGAAAGGUUUCUAUUAUUACAUACAGAUUAAAAUGCUACAUGCCAACGGUCAACCGGCAGGUCGGAAAUUGUUCAAUCUUACGAUUGAUGGCGGCAGUCCAAAUCAACAUCUGACGAACGAGGAUGGUCAUUAUCUGGCUGCUCACAUCCAGCCUGAAAACCAGAACUUGAAGCGCAUGAAAAUAAAGGUAUAUGAUCCAGCUUUUGAAAACUGUGCACACGAGUUGGUCCUUGAGCAAUACACGGGGGAACGUCAGAUUGUCGUCGAGAAAGUAGAAAAAGAAGGUGCCUCGUUCAUUCAAGCCAACACGGACAUCAACAUCAAACAAGCGGACAAAUAUUCAGGCAUACUAAUACUGAUAACAGCUCGCGGUAAGAUUGUGCAGACAAAGUACUUCCCACCUUUCAAGACUCCCAGUUUUAAGUUGGAACAGGAUGUUAUGGACAAGGUCUCACCUGUUGGCCGAGUGUUUGCUUUUUAUGUGUACAACGCACAACUAGUAGCAGAUUCGUCAAUUUUUCAUGUAAAAGCAAAAUGUCGAGAACAGCUGGAGCUCAUACCGACGGAGGCCAUGGUGAGGCCAGGUCAAACGUCCAAACUUACUGUCAAAGGGCCAUCCGGAAUGUGGGUGGGAUUCAACGUCAUUGACAAGGCGUUGCUAUUAUUGAAGAACACAAACGUUCUUAGGGAAGAUAAGAUAUUCAAUGAAAUGGAAGCUCACGACCUCGGUUGUGGUGCCGGAGGUGGCAAGAACAGCGAAGAAAUAUUCAAAAACGCUGGUCUGACAAUUCUAACAAACGCUAAUGUGAACGCUGAACACAUUCAACGAGAGACGACUGAAUGUGCCGCUAAAAAACGCAAACGACGCGCUGUCCCUGACGAAAACGGUUGUUAUUUUGGUGCAAACCCAGUGUGCUGCGAACAGGGCGUCCAGUUUGCAUUUGAUGUUAUAUAUGACUACGAACUGGAAAAGAGCCAUUUCGACGAAGACGUUUCUGAACCCAUUCCAAACAUUGAAUGCUAUUCGAAAGCACGGAAACUGGCCGAAACGUAUAUAGACAAAUUGCCAUCUAAAUGCCCGAUGGCUUUUUACGAAGCGUGCGUUGUUACGAUGACGGCUGAACUAAGUAAAAACGUACAAGACGUUGCCACCGGCAGAUCGGUCUUAGGUGCCAAAGAUCAAUACAAACUGGACGUCGAAAUGUUAGCGGGAUUUGGCAUCUCCAUGAAAGUUCGUAAAAAAUUCACAGAAACGUCGUUCUUUUUUGACGAACAAAUGAUAAGUGAUAAGGGAAUUACCACCGACCUUACAUAUCGAGAUUCUAUUACAGAAUGGUCAAUUCAAGCUAUAGGUAUAUCCGAAACCACCGGUGCCUGCAUCGCAGUUCCCAAAGAAGUGAAAGUCUUUCAAGAUUUUUUUAUACAACUCGAUCUGCCAUACAAAGUCACACGAAAAGAAAAUUUCAACGUGAAAGUGACAGUAUUUAAUUAUCUUGGUAAAGAACAAAAAGCUCGUGUGUACCUAAAAGGCGUCGGCAAUUUGUGCUAUGGCGUCGAUCCUGGCCAACCAUCACCACCGCAGUUUAUCACCUUGCCUUCGAACAGCGCAAAUACUCUGACGUUUCCCGUUAUUCCCCUGAAAGCGGGAACCUAUCCAAUAACGGUGUCAGCAUUUGUGACGAACGAGAAUGCACCGAUCGCAGACAUUGUGGAGAAACAACUUCUCGUUGUGAAUGAAGGUAUCCUAGUAAAAUUGAACUUCACUGUAUGUCUUGAUCCGAAUAACCAAAUGGAAAACUGCAUCCAAGCUCCAGAGGUGAAACGCAUAGAGCGGCUUAAUGUUGGUGACUCAUCGUCUGUGAAAAUGGAAGUCAAGCUACCUUUGCCACUUACAUCUUUGCCUGGAACUGCUUUUGCAAAUGCAUACAUUAAAAGUAAUUUGAUGGGUGAUGCCGUUACUUGUGUCCUGGAGGGUGUUGACAAGAUGUUCAAUGAACCUCAAGGCUGCGGUGAACAAACCAUGAUAUACACAGCUCCAAUCGUCUAUGGAAUGUAUUUCCUGAAGCAAACAAAGACAAUGGAGUCUACCCAUGAGGAUUCUGGCACUAGAUACAUGAGAAAUGGGAUAACACGCCAACAAUCAAUGUACCAGAAAGAUGACGGAUCUUAUGCAGCAUGGAAAGAUCAUCCAACAAGUUUGUGGUUAACAGCAUUUGUUGCUAAAGUAUUCUGCCAAGCAGAGCAAAUUGUAACAGGUCUGGUCAAACCGGAUAGCCUGCAGAAAACGUUGGCAUAUAUUUCUAAAAAUAAUAAUGUUUCUGGCCAUUUCCGGGACGAAUCCCCGGUUAUUCACAGGGAAAUGCAGGGUGAGUUGGGUAAAGGAGAUAGAAAAUCAGAUCCUUCGUUGACAGCUUUUGUUCUGACCUCCUUGCAAGAAUGCAAACAACGAACACCGGAGGUGCAGAAUUCCAUCAACCGAGCGAUGGUGGCACUGGAGGGAUUGCCAGAUCAGACUUGGCAGGACAAUCCAUAUCUUCUGGCACUAUCGACAUACGCUUUAGCUAUAUCAAAUAGCGCAAAGAAAACUAAACUAAAAGAGAAACUCGUAAAACUCAGCCGAAAUGAUAAAGGUCGCCUGUAUUGGUCAAAUAGCGGUGUUGCGGACUCCUAUGCUGUAGAGACGACGGCAUACGCCCUCCUUGCGUUCCUGAAGUUUGAUGACUUUAAGACAAGCCACAAGAUAGUCGCAUGGUUGACGUCACAGAGCGACGCAAUUGGAAAAUGGCGUUCAACGCAAGACACUGUGGUUGCUAUGCAAGCCAUGGCGGUAUACAGUGCGCGAACGUACAAUAAAGAGGUUGACCUCAAUGUUGUAAUUGAAAAGGGAAAUGAGAAACACAAGGUAACCGUGAACAGUGAAAACACCCUUCUUCAAAAACUUAUUCCAAAGCUUGCCGUAGACGGCAACACUAAGAUCGAUGUCACGGUCAGUGGAAGAGGGUCAGCUGUGUUGAAGAUUGACUUGUUUUACAACAGAAAAGCCCGGGAUGACGAAAUUUGCCCUUUUUAUAUAAGUCCAAUCGAUAUUCAGCUUGUAGAUAAUUCAACCAAUCAAAUACACAAGGAUAUCGUCAAUGUAAGGUGCGAUGUGUGUGGAUUUUGCAAAGAACCUGAUGAACCGGACUAUGAUUUCGAUCUGGCCCGCACUAAACGACAAGUAAAACCUAUUGCUGAACCAGUGCAGACAUGUAUUCAGUUCUCAGUCAAGUCAAAUUCCUCCGCUAAUAACGCAGGGAUGUCAAUAGUGAAAGUGAACUUGGAGACGGGCAUCAACGUAGUGCAAUCGGACUUGGAUAAGAUGCAGAACGAAGGUGUGUUUCCCCGCUACGAGAUGCCAAAGGAUGGCAAAGGAUUCGUCAUCAUUUAUCUGGACAAUAUUACGACUACUGAGACAAAACUUAUAUUCAGGCUGGAGGACCACUUUUCAGGCGACGAUUCAAGCCGCCAGCCGGCGACUGUACAGGUGUAUGAUUACUACAAGCCAGAACGCUCGUGUAUAAAGCAGUACGGCAUUGGCGCAAACCAUGGACAGGGAAUAAAAUACGAUUGUGACCCCAAGAGCGACCAGUGUCAAUGCAUGCAAAGUCAGUGUUCGAAGCCAGUGAAUCAGGAGCUCGUUGAUAUGGCCCAAAAAAUAGCAAAGGAGAAAGAUGCUAAGAAACGAAAUACUCUUCAAACACCAUUCAAGGCUCUGAUGGAUUACGCGUGCGACUUUGAGAAAGCUAACUUUGUGGUUAAAGUCAAAGUUACACAAGUAAACUACACAUCGGAAAGGGAAGUAAAGUUCGCAACAGCUAAAAUAGAGGAAGCGCCACUGCAAGGUGGUAAACACAUGACAAACAAUGAUGAAUUGGAAUUUGAAUGGCAUACGACAUGUUCACAACCGGACCUUCUAGUGGGUAAAUCCUACUACAUCAUGGCAAAGGACGGAACUAAUUUGACAGACGCCAAUGGAAAUACCAGAUUGAAGUAUGACCUGACAGGAACGGCACUCGUGAUCGACCCAGACUUCAACCGAAUUCUUCGUACCGUUAUGAGCAAUUUCGUUAAGGAACUCACGAAGAAUAAUGGGUGCAACAGCUAAAGAGGAAGCUGUUGUUUCCAGGAUGACUCGCAACUGGUUAUUUUUGCAAAACAACACUUAUUGUUGCACGACUUGAUAGGACUAAAUUUGUUAAGCAUACGGACAUCAUGUUUAAAAGUGUAUGUUUGCGUGUUUUUUAGUUUAUAAAGCUUAUGACUCUGUGGUAUUCAGAAGAUCGGCAUACUAUAACACAUUUAGUAGAACAUUUGGAAAAAUAUACGUAAUGUGACAGCAUAUUUAAAAUCGUCGUUUGUACUUUACUUCAUCAACCAAUGACGACAGCAUUGAAUAUCAACUUGUAUUGAGUGUACAUGGUCGACAUCUACCGGAACCACUUAUAAUCUAAUAAAAUAGUGCCAAUAUAUGUCUAAAUAAUAUGUAAUGUUACAUUAAACAUAAAAAACAAACCGGUUGGAGAAUAAAACAUAUGUUAAAACACUAGAACGGAUUUUUAAUGUAAAGGUAUUUUUGACAUGAAAUACAAAUACAUCAUUAACUUGCAUUGUUAAUGUUACUUUGGGUUGAUUAGCUGAUUGAGCGAGAUUCAACUUUGUUAAAGGAAAUAAGAAGGUUGUAUUUUUUGCGACGGAGCUGUAUAUAACUACAAGCAAGCUUGGCGCUGAAUACCAUACAUGCAUCCAUAUUGACAUAUAGUGCUGAAAAGAAGUGUUAUCUUUGUAGUGUAUUCUACUUAUAGCAAUUAUUGUUGUUAAUAGUCUCAGUAUAAAUUUGAUAACUGCA